CGCAUGGGCCCCGCGCCGGGCCCCGGGGCCUCGGGCCGCCGGGCCUCCGGGGUCCCCUAGGCCGUGGCGUGGGCGGGGCAGCCCGGCCUGACGCAGCUCUGUACCCCACCACCACCACCACCACCAGGGCCGGCGGCGGCGGCUGCCCCGAGGGACGGGGCCCUAGGCGGUGGCGAUGGGGGCCGCCCGGAUCGCGCCCGGCCUGGCGCUCUUGCUCUGCUGCCCGGUGCUCAGCUCCGCAUACGCGCUGGUGGAUGCAGAUGACGUCAUGACCAAAGAGGAGCAGAUCUUCCUGCUGCACCGUGCCCAGGCCCAGUGUGAGAAGCGGCUCAAAGAAGUCCUGCAGAGGCCAGCCGACAUAAUGGAGUCAGACAAAGGAUGGGCAUCCGCGUCCACAUCAGGGAAGCCCAAGAAAGAGAAGGCAUCUGGGAAGCUCCACCCUGAGUCCGAGGAGGACAAGGAGGUGCCCACCGGAAGCAGGCCCCGAGGGCGCCCCUGCCUGCCGGAGUGGGACCACAUUCUUUGCUGGCCGAUGGGGGCUCCAGGGGAGGUGGUAGCCAUGCCCUGUCCCGACUACAUUUACGACUUCAAUCACAAAGGCCAUGCCUACCGCCGCUGUGACCGCAAUGGCAGCUGGGAGCUGGUGCCGGGGCACAACCGCACGUGGGCCAACUACAGCGAGUGCGUCAAGUUCCUGACCAAUGAGACGCGCGAACGGGAGGUGUUUGACCGCCUGGGCAUGAUCUACACCGUGGGCUACUCCGUCUCGCUUGCAUCUCUCACCGUGGCGGUCCUCAUCCUGGCCUACUUUAGGAGGCUGCACUGCACACGCAAUUACAUCCACAUGCAUCUGUUCCUGUCCUUCAUGCUUCGCGCCGUGAGCAUCUUUGUCAAGGACGCGGUUCUCUACUCGGGCACCGCCCUCGACGAGGCUGAGCGCCUCACGGAGGAAGAGCUGCGCGCCAUCGCCCAGGCACCGCCGCCGCCCGCCGCCGCCGCCGGCUACGUGGGCUGCCGGGUGGCUGUGACCGUCUUCCUUUACUUCCUGGCCACCAACUACUACUGGAUUCUGGUGGAGGGGCUGUAUCUGCAUAGCCUCAUCUUCAUGGCCUUCUUCUCAGAGAAGAAGUACCUCUGGGGCUUCACAGUCUUCGGCUGGGGUCUGCCUGCCAUCUUUGUGGCUGUGUGGGUCGGUGUGAGAGCUACCCUGGCCAACACCGGGUGCUGGGAUCUCAGCUCUGGGAACAAGAAAUGGAUCAUCCAGGUGCCCAUCCUGGCCUCUAUUGUGCUCAACUUCAUCCUCUUCAUCAACAUCGUCCGGGUUCUGGCCACCAAGCUGCGGGAGACCAACGCUGGCCGGUGUGACACGCGGCAGCAGUACCGGAAGCUGCUCAAAUCCACACUGGUGCUCAUGCCGCUCUUUGGCGUCCACUACAUCGUCUUCAUGGCCACGCCGUACACCGAGGUCUCAGGGACGCUCUGGCAAGUCCAGAUGCACUACGAGAUGCUCUUCAACUCCUUCCAGGGAUUUUUUGUUGCCAUCAUAUACUGUUUCUGCAAUGGUGAGGUACAGGCUGAGAUCAAGAAAUCCUGGAGCCGUUGGACACUGGCACUGGACUUCAAGCGCAAGGCACGCAGCGGGAGCAGCAGCUACAGCUACGGUCCGAUGGUGUCUCACACGAGUGUGACCAACGUAGGGCCCCGCACGGGACUGGGCCUGCCCCUCAGCCCCCGUCUGCUGCCCGCAGCCACCACCAACGGCCACCCGCCGCUGCCCGGCCACACCAAGUCAGGGUCCCCGGCUCUACAGGCCACACCGCCUGCCGUGGCCGCUCCUAAGGAAGAUGGAUUCCUCAACGGCUCCUGCUCGGGGCUGGAUGAGGAGGCCUGUGCGCCAGAGAGGCCACCUGUCCUGCUGCAGGAGGAGUGGGAGACAGUCAUGUGAUCAGGGACCCGAGGGUUGGACCUGUGGACGUGAGGGUGGACAGGCGAACCAAGAGACGGGUUGUUGGACGGUUGCCCACUCAGGGCUGGGGCUGGGAGGACAAAACAGGAAAAAAAAAAAAAAGAAGAAAAGGGAAAA